AUCACAUGUAUCUGUGGGAGGGCCCGGGUAUAUAAACUCCCCCCUUCCUUCUGUCAGUAGUAGUGUGGUAAAAGCAGUCGGAGGAGAUCACUGUCAUUUAUUUUUUGACACUUUGCUUUCUUUGUUUCCCAUAAACGUUAAAAGUGACGUCCGCCACACGAUGGCCCAGUGGCAGGACCUACUGAAGUUGGACUCUGCCCUCCAAGGCCAGGUGAGACAACUAUAUGAGAGCUAUAAGUUCCCCCGAGAGAUUCGUCACUACCUCUGCCUGCCGAUAGAGAGCCAGGACUGGGAUUUUGCCGCUCAGGAUGAAUACUUUGCUAGAACUUGUUUGCAAGCUCUCCUGCGGUCUCUGGAGGAGCAGUGGGUCCGUACCGUCCAGCAGAACAGCAUCUUACUGGGACCGGAUUUUCCAGCUAUGAAAGACUACCUUCUGAAAACCUUUGAGAAUCACCCCGUGAACCUGGCUGUAAUCCUCUCUGAAUGUCUCAAAGAGGAAAAGAAAAUCCUGGCUUCAGCCUCUGAGGCACAAGGUUGCAGUAGUCCAACCGUGGAGCAAAAAAGGAGAAUGCUGGACAUCAAAAUCAACGACGUCAGAAGGCAGACUUUGGAGGUGAAACAGGAAACCAAGUCCCUGGAGGGCCUGUACGAAAAGCUGGACUUCAUUCGGAAGAACUGGCAAAGCCGAGUGGAGGAGCAUGCUGGAUUCCCUCAGCCCCAGGCAGUUGUAGAAGAAGAAUGUCUCAUACAGGCCAACAUCAUCAUGCAAACCAAUCAGACGGUCCAGAAGCAGAUAGUGAAGAUUUUAAAUCAGACAAAGCAGAUCGUAGCGACUCUCGUCGACGUGGAGCUCCCUGAGUGGAAGCAAAGACAGCAGUUGGCCUGCAUCGGGAGUCCCGUCGACACUUCUCUGGACUAUCUGGAGAAAUGGUUCAUGGCGGUUGCAGAAGUGCUGCUACAAAUACGCAAACAGCUGCAGAAACUGCAAGACCUGAUCACAAAAUACAACAGGACUGACGCCUCCAGCCUUCCUGGUCCCAUGCAGGAAAUCGAGAGAUUUGCGUUGUCUCUGCUCGAAAAACUUCUUUCAAACGCUCUGGUGGUCCAGCAGCAGCCUGUGAUGAUGAGUCAACCACAGCGUCCUCUGAUAAUUAAGACCGGGGUGCGCUUCUCAGUGACAGUGAGGUUCUUAGCAAACCUCACAGAAUUUGUCCAGAAGUGCCUUCUCAAAGUCACGCCUGUGUUUGAUAAGGAUGUUGAAGAAACAAAGACACUCAAAGGGUUUCGUCAGUUUGACAUCGUCAGCAGUGACUAUAAGGUGAUGGACGUGUACCCAGGAGGUGGAGGAUUGGAGGCAGAGUUUGGUCACAUGUUACUCAAAGAGAAGAAGGGGAAUUCCAAAGGAGCACAAGAGACGAACGCGUCGGACCGACCGGCCAGCAAAAGGAAAAGAAAUCAGAGUGAAGAAGACCAGAAUCAUCUGUCAGUCACUGAAGAGCUCCACGUCAUCAAGUUUGUGUUGAAGUUUCAGCACGGUGGACUGGACCUGAGCAUCGAGACCAGCUCCCUGCCUCUGGUUGUCAUCUCCAGCACCAAUCAGAUCCCUGCCGCCUGGGCCACUAUCAUGUGGUUCAACAUGCUGUCCAACAGUGAAGCAAAGGACCUGUCCCUGUUUCUCAAACCGCCCUCGCUCACCUGGGAGCAACUUGCACUGGUACUCAGCUGGCAGUUUUUGGCUGUGGGUGAGAUGGAGCUGAACCCAGACCAGCUCUGCGCGCUGAGAGACAAAUUUGUGGAAGGUCCUGAUGGUCUUGUUCACUGGAAGGACUUCUCAAAGAUUGAGUCCAGUGCCUGGUUUUGGAUUGAUGGGAUCCUGGACUUGAUCAGGAAACAUUUGCUGGAUCUCUGGCGGGAUGGGUCCAUCAUGGGGUUUGUGAGCAGGAAAAGAACAGAGGCCCUCCUGAAGGAAAAACAGGCCGGGACUUUUCUGAUCCGCUUCAGUGAGAGCAACAAAGACGGAGCUAUCACCUUCAGCUGGGUGGAUAAGUCUAACAGUGAGACCCACGUGCACGCAGUCGAUCCAUACACUAAGCAGGAGCUGUCAGUCAACUCUCUGCCGUACAUCCUUUACAACUACAGCCUGAAAGCCCAGGCGAACACAAACCGGAAACCUCUGCUCUACCUUUACCCCGACAUCCCAAAAGACACUGCCUUUGGACGCUACUACACAGUCCCAGAAAAGGCACCACCAAAAAACGGCAAGAAUGGAUACGUGCUCAAGAAAUUCAUUCCUGUUUCGAGCAAUCCUACGCCGCCUCCCUCUCCGACUCGAGAGCUGGAAAUGAUGGAGACAGACUCAGAUCAUCACUUAAACAUGGGGCAUCAACAAGUGAUACAGGAACUCUUCCCUGAUAUAUUCUGUCACACACCCGGACACCCUGAACUCUUCACAGUCAAUCAAGAGAUACUGUGUCUCCAGGACGACUCUGAGUACCCUUUCAGCCAGGACUGACUCUGAGGCAAUGAAUACAACAUGGCACAUUUUCAUUCUGUGAGCAAAAAGCUUAAAUAUUUGGAAAUUUAAGUGGAUCGUAUGUCAGUAAUGAUCACAAAUCUAAAAACAAAGUCAUGUAAAAAUAAAGAUCAGGGGCGCUGGUGGCCUAGUGGUCUAAGCGCCUCACACACAGAGGCUACAGUCCUCGUCGCAGGGGUCACUGCUUCGAUUCCCGGCCGUGACCAUUUCCUGCAUGUCUUCCACCGCUCUCUGCUCCCCACAUUUCUUGUUUCUCUUCAGCUGUCCUAUCAAAUAAAGGCAAAAAGCCCAAAAAUAUAACUUUAAAAAAAAACAAAAAACAAAGAUCAACAUGUAUAUAAGGUCUGCUCUGAACUGUGAUUUAAAGAACAAAAUCGAAUCACUAGAUAUAAAGCAUCUGCAUUUGCUAUUUUGAUUUAAUCGAUAUGGGACAAUAAAGCAUGUUUUAUCAAAGUAGUUAGUUAUAUAUAUUUUUUUUUUUUAAAGAAAGGAAAGAAAAACAAAGGGAACUUCUCCAGACAUUCAAAUCAACAAAGAAAAUUAUUUACUGAAAGAAGAGUACCUUCCGUUAUUCACUUUAAAUGAUGUGCUCAGCGAGUAGAUUGCAAAAAGAUGCCAUUCGAAUUUUAAAAUAAAGGUUUCUUUAUUGUGAAGAUGAUAAAUGCAGACAAUAGUUUCGUUUAGAUCAAUAAUAUCGGAUUUAAAGUAUUACACUCGCCACUGAACAUAAUUUACAGAGAAAUAAAGAUUUCUCUAAAUGCAUUUAAUGUGGAAGACACCAGCUAUGUUUAGUAACGGAUGUCUCUUACUUUGUUUUUUUCAAUGUAUUUUAUAUUUGUUCAUGCUGAUACUCUGCCUUUCAGGAAUAUUGAGUCCUCCUGCUGUUAAAACAUACUGUAUGUUUUUGUUGUUGUUGUUUACCACUCAAGGGAAACACCAUCCUAAAAAAGUAGCUGUACAGUAUGUUUUUUUAAGACAUAGAAAAGGAAACUGUCAAGACUCAGAAAAACUUGAGUUUAAAGCACCAUACAAUGUUCUUUUCUUUUCUUACAUUGGUGUCUUCUCUUACUUGAACAUUUGUGGUUAUAAUAUGCACUAUUUUUACUUUUUCUCGCUUUUAUAAAUUGGAUGUUUCAUUUCACUUUGAUUGUAUUUUUUCAUUAUAAUACGUGACAACUAAAACUUAAUCAAUAAAAGGAAUGAAUUGUG